AUGGACAAGGGAAUUCACGUUCUCGGCGUCGGAAACUUGGGCAAAUAUGUCGCAUUCGCCCUCCGGCAACAACAACAUUAUCUCCAGAAGCAGUUCGGUGCCGGUUUCUACAGACCUUCUGAGCAGCCUCCGCCAACCCUUAUCUUCCAUCGGGAGGACCUUGUUUCCUCUUGGUACAAGGUAGACCACCGCAUCUCUCGGAUUACCACGACGGACGCGGGUGAUGAGGAGAUCCACACGGCUUACGGUUUCCGUGCGGAGCUUCUCCAGCUCUUGCUUACGGGAAGCCUCGAAAAUCGCGAAGCGUACCGGGCUGUUAUGGUAAAUAGCCGGGUUCCGAUCUCGCAUCUUAUUGUCGCGACCAAGGCGCAUGUUACCGUGGCUGCGCUGGCCGAGAUCCGGGUCCGGCUCGGGCCACAUUCUCAUAUUUUGUUUCUCCAGAAUGGCAUGGGCGUUAUGGAAGAGGUUUCUCAGAGGUUAUUCCCCAGCCCCACGCACCGCCCAACCUACUGGGCCGGGAUCUGCAGCGCGGGCAUCCAUAGUGAUCCUCGGUCACCGUUUUCCUUUGUCCACGCCGGCCACGGGCCGCUGACCAUCGGCCGUGUUGGCCCCAGUCCGCCCUCCGAGCCCCUCGACGUCAAUCCAAUGGUGGCCCAACUCAUGGACGCCAAGCUCCUCAACACCGAGGUGCUCCAGCCAGCGGACAUUCGGCAAGCCCGCCUCAAGAAACUGGUCAUCAACGCCGUCAUCAACCCCAUGACGGCGCUUUUCGAAUGCAAGAACGGCGAUGUGUUCAUCAACCCGGACCGGCGAUUCUUGCGGGAUGAGCUGCUCAAAGAAGCCGGCCCCAUCGUCCGGGCACUCGAUGCGGCUGGAGCCAAGGAUGACGGGAGUCCCGCGAGCGCGGAGAUUACUGACCAGGAUCUGCUCGACGCCGUCACGAAGGUGGCUUAUAACACGGCCGACAACGUCAGCUCUAUGCGGCAGGACGUUCUGGCCAAGCGACGGACCGAAAUCGACUAUAUCAACGGCUAUCUGGUCACCGCCGCGCAGCGGAUAGGCCUGCCGGCGAAACAACUGGCCAACGCCUGGGACAAGGUCAAACGGUUGGAGCAGAAAUAUGAGCCCAAGACGCCCAUACCUUCGGCCCUCCAGAAAGCAACCCGAUGGGGUCGCAAGGUUUGGUCAUAA